AUGGCUUCACAUACUGCUUCUCAGCGCUACCUCAGCACCCGGGGAGGGUCUUACGGUCUCUCCUUCGAAGAGGUUGUGCUGAAAGGCCUCGCAUCUGACGGCGGCUUGUUCAUUCCCGAAGAAAUACCCUCCCUACCAGCCAACUGGGCGUCAGCAUGGAAAGACCUCUCCUUCGAAGAGCUCGCCUUCAACAUAUUCUCCCUCUUCAUCUCUCCGGCUGAGAUUCCUCCCGUAGACCUCAAAGAGCUCAUCAAGCGCAGCUACUCGACUUUCCGGACGCCUGACGUUACUCCCAUUGUGACCCUCGACGAAGAGAAGAAAAUACACCUGCUGGAGCUAUUUCACGGGCCGACCUUUGCUUUCAAAGAUGUUGCGCUACAGUUCCUGGGGAACUUGUUUGAAUACUUCCUCGUAAGAAGAAACCAAGGAAAGACGGGCAGAGACAGGGAGCAUCUGACGGUCAUUGGGGCUACCAGCGGAGACACUGGAUCAGCGGCCAUCUAUGGCUUGAGGGGCAAGAAGGAUGUCUCAGUCUUCAUCAUGCAUCCCCAGGGCAAGGUCAGUCCUAUACAAGAAGCGCAGAUGACUACAGUGAUGGAUGCCAAUGUCCACAAUCUCGCUGUAGAUGGCACAUUUGAUGAUUGCCAGGACUUCGUGAAAGCUCUUUUCGCAGAUCCAAUUAUAAAUAAGACCCACCGGCUCGCCGCCGUGAACUCGAUAAACUGGGCCCGUAUCCUGGCGCAAAUAACGUACUACUUCCACUCAUACUUCGCUCUCAUCCGCUCGCCAUCCUUUGUGUCAGGCGCAACUAUCCGCUUCGUCGUUCCUACCGGCAAUUUUGGAGAUAUCCUUGCCGGUUAUUUUGCGAAGCAGAUGGGGCUCCCAGCUGAGAAGCUUGUCAUUGCGACCAACGCCAAUGACAUCCUCCACCGCUUCUGGCAAACGGGGAAGUAUGAGAAAAAGCCGGCCCACGGCGUCGCGGCAUCGGGCGGCGCGCCGGAGGACGGAGCACAGGCACAUGAAGACGGGGUCAAGGAGACACUGAGCCCGGCAAUGGACAUCCUCGUCUCGUCCAACUUCGAGCGGCUGCUGUGGUACCUCGCCUACAACGUAUACAUGUCCCCGUCCUCGCCUGUCUCCACACGGCGUUCGACAGCGGGAGAACAUGUCCGCAAUUGGCUGGCCGAGUUGAAAACCGAGGGCGGGUUCAGCGUGGACGAGAAGAUUCUCGCGGCGGCCUCUUCUGACUUCGAAUCCGAACGGGUGUCGGAUGAGGAGACCCUGGCAACCAUUACAUCCAUCUACAGCGCUGUGUCGCCGGCAACCUCGCAAACAUCCGCCUCGGGCACCACAGGCAAGGGAUACAUACUGGACCCCCACUCUGCUAUUGGCAUCACGGCCUCUCUCCGCUCCGUCCAACGCAACGCGCCGCCCACAACCCAUCACAUCUCUCUCGCAACGGCGCACCCGGCGAAGUUCAGCAAGGCCGUGGAGAUGGCGCUGCAGGGGCAGCCAGGCUUCAGCUUUGGUACGGUGCUCCCGGUCGAGUUCCAUGGACUAGAAGACAAGGCGCGGCGCGUCACGGUCGCGCGCAAGUCUGAAGGAUGGGAGGGCGUCAGGCGCAUCGUCGUCGCGGAGGUCGAAGCGGAAAGGGCUGCAGCAGACAAGCUGGCGGCAUCGUAGGGUCUCUUGCUCGGUUCCAAUUUCUAUUUUCGUCCGUCCACUUGGAUGGGAUCUGGCGUUGACAGAGGAUGGGGGCGGUCAAAGCGCUUCACGGCAAGGGACAGGCACCAUCGAAGGCAUCUAUUGUAGAGUAGACACGGGCUCGAGCAUGCGUCACAAUGCUGCCCAGACGUCCCCGCCAUGCUCCAGCGCCGUCGCGACUCCUUGCAGCCCACGCACGUGUUUCUGCCAGAACAGAGUGUUCCAGCCUCAGGCCCGCCUGGUAGCGUUGUUGCCCGUCACU